UGGUUAUCUCUCUAAACAGCCCCUAGCUUCCUCUCUCUCUCUACUAUUUCUCUGUGGGUGUAAAGAAGAUAUGGGAAUCUGCUAUUCUUCUUCAUGGACAUGGAAGGAUGAGAGUGAGGAAAACAUAGUAUAUGUGGGUGGAAAGCAAGCUUCAGACUGCGUUAAUGGAGGUGGGAUAAGGAGGCUAUCUUCUCUCUACUCAAGACAAGGAAGGAAGGGCCCUAACCAAGACUCUGCCAUUCUCUGUCAGGGUUAUGGAGCGGAGGAUGGAGUCUUCUGCGGAGUCUUUGAUGGUCAUGGCAAGAACGGGCACAUAGUAAGCAGAGUCGUGAGAGACUAUCUUCCUUCUUUGUUACUCAGCCAUCGAAACGUUAUAGCGAAUUUCGCCCUCGCCGGCCACCGCGAUGUCGAGAAAUGCUCGAAAGAAGGCGAAAAUUAUCGGAUUGGCUCAUUAGAGUUGGUGGAGGAGUGGAAGGAGGCGAGCAUCAAUGCUUUCAAGGCCAUGGACGGGGAGCUUAAGCUCCUCACCCACAUGGACUGCUCUUAUAGUGGCACGACUGCUGUUACAAUUAUCAAACAGGGCGAAGAUGUAAUUGUCGCAAAUCUUGGGGAUUCCAGAGCGGUUUUGGGGACUUUGACUAAAGAAGGUCGACUGAAGGCAGUCCAGCUCACGAUUGACCUCAAGCCCAGCGUGCCACAGGAAGCGGAGCGAAUAAGAAGCAGCAAUGGGCGAGUAUUUGCCAUGGAAGACGAGCCGAACAUACAGCGCAUAUGGAUGCCGGACGGCAACAGCUCCGGCUUAUCAAUGGCCCGUGCCUUCGGAGAUUUCCAGCUCAAGAACUACGGUCUCAUUGCCGUCCCGGAGAUCUCCCACCACCGCCUGAACCCUCCCGCCGAUCUCUUCAUUGUCCUCGCCACCGAUGGGGUGUGGGAUGUGCUGACCAAUGAGGAAGUUGUGACAAUGGUGGCGUCUGCUGAGGAGAUGAGCAGCGGGGAGGCGGCGAAGAUGGUGGUGGAAGCAGCAACUAAGGCAUGGAGGCGUAAAUUUCCUUCUUCUGCGGUGGAUGAUUGUUCAGCUGUCUGCUUCUUCUUGCAAUAGAGAUGCUGAGAAAAAGAUGUUUUUAUAUAAAGUUAUAUAUAUAAAAAUAUCAGAAUUUUAUGAUGUAGGAUUGUGUGGGGAUAUGAAGGAUGAGAUAAUGAAUAUAGAAGAUUAUAUUUCUAUUAAAAA